AUGAAGUCCUUAACAGCCGAAAGAGGCUCCGAGAUUCUCCCGGAGCCGACGCCUACCUCAAGGUCUAAGCGCCGCCGCAACACCGAGGCACAGCCAUUUCGGCCUAGCCCCACGCCUCUCGACGAGGAGGCUGGACAGCACGAGGAACGAAAAGAGGUAUUUUUGACCAUCGCCCGGUCUGUCGACAGUGUAGUCGCUAGCUUCGACGGCUCCAAGCAACAGUUCGCGAAGGAGGCCACUGCCUACAUCACCCAGGCUCUGAGGAAACUGAUGAAGGCUGACACGGGCCCGGCGGCAGCCCGUACGUGGGCUACCGUUGCAGCCCCGGCUGCCGCUGAUGCACCAACCUCUAGGCAGACUUUGGCUCGCCUGCAGGCCCCACUCCCGGUUACGACCCCCAAGCCGACCAUAGAUCCAGCCGCAGGAGGAUCUCCGCAUUCUCGCCCGCAUCCCCGAAGAGGCUCACUGCCUGCCCGGAAAGUCGCCCCAUUCGCGCUUCGCCAGACAAUCUGCCAAACCUUCGAUUUAGAUUUGGCGGACCUUCCUCACGUCUACCACGUCGGCACAGGGUACUCCCUAAAGCCACUGAACAAACAGAUCCAGCAAAAACUGCUCGAGGGUAAAGAGGAGCUGGCGCGAUGCCUGGGCGCACAUAAGGUAGAGAUGCCGACGAAGUGGUACACCUAUGUUGUGCCCCGCUGCCCGACCGAAUGA